AUGCAGUACUGUUUUGUCGAAGGCAGCUUUGCUGAUUUGGCACGAGACCUGGCGGAAUACCUACAUAUCACCGCCGAAGUCGAACCCCUCCUCGAGGCAAAUUCCAAGGAUGAAGUUCUUAAGAAGCUUGUGACGGCUUCCGCUGGAUUGAACUCCUACCCCGAGAAGGAAUUUACGGCUGCUUAUAACCUUUUGGUAUAUCUGGUCAUGCAAUCACCAAACGUCAACAUGUUUUUGCCCCGCAUGUGCGGUAAUCUUUCGAAUACCAAAUCUUUCAGCUCAGCCAACGGGACCGGUCUUGCGCUGAACGUCCUUACAACAAUUUUUAACCUUUUGUCGGCAGACAACGAAGUUAGAUUCGACGUGUUUCAAGCUAUCCUUAAGAAUGUCAAGGGUACAAUAUCUUUCGAGACACUGCGCCCACAGUUGAAGAAAUUGGAUCAAUGGGUUGAAGAAUGGGAUCUGGAUGAGGAAGAGCAAAGAAAACUUUUUGCGCUUAUAGUAGCAGUCGCGGACGACGCUGGCGAAGCAACAGAGUCAUACCAGUACACCUUAAAAUCGCUUCGCACAUUUCCUUCGGCCGAGGUUUCGAGCCCCGAUGCGCAAGAGCUUUCUCUGAAGGCUUUGAAGGCAGCUCUACUUUCCCCUACUCACUUCGACUUUCACGAUCUCACUUCUCUACCAACCAUCCAAGCACUCUCCGAUUCCCACCCAGAGUAUUCCGAAUUACUCGAGAUAUUCUCUGAGAAGGAGCUUGAAGACUACAACGAUUUCCGAGAUGAGAACGAGGAGUGGUUGGAGAAGCAGGACCUGGAUAACAGUACCCUUCACCGAAAAAUGAGGCUUUUAACACUUGCAAGUGUAGCCGCAAGUACAAACAGCAAAGAGCUCGAAUACAAGCGAAUUGCGAAGGCUUUGCAGAUUCCAGUCGAGGAUGUCGAGAUGUGGGUUAUCGAUGUUAUCCGCGCCAAAUUGAUUGAAGGAAAAAUGUCGCAACAGAAGCAAUUAUUCCUUGUUCACCGAACUACGUAUCGCGUUUUUGGCGAAAAACAGUGGCGGGAGGUUGCUACCAGACUCGACCAGUGGAGAACAAGCUUGAGGGAUGUCAAAGGAGUCAUCAAUAGGGAGAGACAGCAAGCCGAGGCCCAAAAAGAACGCGAAAUGCACGAUAUGGAGCGGAAGGUCGCUGGGGCCGGUAUGGGAUCAGGGCGGCGAAUGGGUGGGCGGGAUAAUAUGGUCGAAAUGGGUACCGAUUGA